ACGCGACAGGUAUUUUUCAUCGACUUUCAUCGUCCUCAUCGUCGUCACCGUCGUCAAAGCGACGAUCACGAGACUACUACGCUUGACAAGGUCGCAAUUGACAGAACCGCGUGCAUCGCCGGCCGGUCACGUUCGAAUCGAUCAGCGGCUUCGACGAGACCUCGACGACACGUCUCUCUGAGAUUCUCAUCGUUCUCGCGAUGUCGCGAAGGCGCAACGGCUCAUAGAGCGAACUUGAGUCGUAACUCGUGUGUUGUCAUUAUGCUCGUCAUGCGACUUUUGCGAUAGGAAACACUCAACCGCGUCCAUUUUCUUUAGCGCCAUCGACCGUCACUCACCCGCGCAAUAUGAAUCGUCAACACGACACGACGAUUAUGCGGGAUAAUCAAGACAAUCACGUUGAUGACGAUACACUGCAGCAGGCAGUGCUGGUCGUCGCAAGAUAAUAUUCCAGCUGCAGCUAGUUUCUUAUUGUUUUUUUGUCUAAGUGGGUCUACCUUGUUUCAUUUUAUCAGCGCAAUUUUCGAAGGACCUGGAUACCUCGCGUUAAAAUGGAUGCCAGAGAAAGCCACAGAUAUUCAGUAUUUGCAGUAUUGCACUGUCUGCCAAGGGUACAAAGCACCAAGAUCACAUCAUUGUAGGAAAUGUGAUCGCUGUGUUAUGAAAAUGGACCAUCACUGUCCAUGGAUAAAUACGUGUGUCGGACAUUACAACCACGGUCAUUUCACUGCAUUUUUAGCAAGCGCAGUCGGUGGUUGUUGCGUCUCUACUGUUAUAUUAAUUUACUGGGUGGUAACUGUGCUGUCUACGAAACCAUUGCCAUUUCCACCACCAUCAGUAUGCACGUUGAUAUUAGUGGUAUUUAGUAUCGGCUUAUCAAUCGGUGUUAUAAUUUCAGUAGGAAUGUUAUUGUAUUGCCAGAUGUUGGCCAUUGUGAAAAAUAAAACGGAGAUAGAAGAUUGGAUUUUGGAGAAAGCACAGUAUCGGCGGGAUACUGUUAAUGCUAAAUACGUGCAUCCUUAUUCGAGAGGAUGGCGUUUUAAUGUAAGUCAAGUUCUUACGUGGGACUGCACUCCUGUUGGCGAUGGCAUUACGUGGCCCGUUAUUGAUGGCUGUGAUCAAUACACCUUAACGAGGGAACAACUCGCACAAAAACUAGACAAACGGAAAAAAGCCCGCAGAUAUAGAAUCAUAAAACCCACAUCGGGAUCGAAUAUACCUAUAACACACGGCUUCAGUGUAUGUUUCCAUACACCUUGCACUGAUGAGCCUCGCAUCAAGUUGGAUGUAGGAGAUAUCGUAGUCGUAACGCGUUGGAAAAGGUAUUGGAUAUUUGGAGAAAAAGAGCAGAAGGGAGUAGGAGACGCAGGAACGAGACGUAUAAGAGGAUGGCUGCCGCAGCCGUGUGCUAUCGAAAUAAUAGAGAACGAUAUGUAUGGCACAGAUAACUUAUCCAAAGACGAUUAAGUUUUGAGAUAUAUAUAUGAUAUUUAUAUGUGAGAGCGUAUGAGGAUUUAUGAUACUGUUUAUAAUAAUUUCCCAUCUUCUUAUGAUGCCCAAAAAAGGGCAUCAUAAGAAGAUGGGAAAUCAUUAUAAAUCGCAAUGAACAUUACGAUUUGUUGUAAUGAAAAGAGAUGGCAUUUAUGUGUUCAAAUUGACUUGUUAUAUUUAUCUGAAACCGUAGGCUUCCUCCAGAUUGAUUUCAGAUAGAUUACUAUGUCAAUAUAUAUCUUUUUACAUAGUGUACAUUUUUUUUAUAAAGAUAUCCCGAUAGCCCGCGUUUCUGAAUAGUUUUAUUGUAUAUGAUAAUUAUGUAUAUAUACCUAUUGCUAUGUAUAUAUUUAUUGACUUGAAAAUAAUGAUGGAUGUAAGAAACUAGUUGUGGAUCAUUAUAAGAAUGAACAUUCAAUUAAUUUCAAUUGAACAUAUCAAUGAUUCGAUUGAGCAAUUGAUAUUUUCUUUCAUAAGGGCAUGCGAAUGCCGAUGUAUAACAAUUUACUUAAAAUAUGAUCAAUCACAAUUAAUGCGGUAAGAAUCAUAUUUUUAGACUGAUGAAUUUUGGUUCCAUGUUUAUUAUAUAUAUUAUUA